CCACUGUGUGUCAAUUCCCUUGGAAAAGCUGGGGACAGAACGCGUCGUUCCGUUUUGGCCUUCUGACAAUAGGGGAAUCGGCAUUGCGAAGCUGAUUGCGAAGCGAGGACGACGGCAUCCGACAACCCAAAUAGGAACCCCCACACCCCCACACCAUGUCUCACUGUCACGACGAGCACCAUGACCACCGCGGAGGUGGAGGACAUGGCCAUGGGCACGAUCACGAUCACGACCACGACCACGACGGCCCUGACCGAGGCAGCGAGUACACUCUCUACCAACAGGUAGAUCUGGACAACGUCACCUGUCUGAACGAAAGCGACGACGGCGCCAUAAAGAAGGUGUUCAAGACGUGGGACCAGCGAAACGAUAGGACGACCUUUGUGGAGAGUGAUGUCGAUGAGCAGUUGAUUGUGCAUAUACCGUUUACGGCGAACAUCAAGUUAAAGUCGAUAGCAGUGGUAGGCGGGCCGGGUGAAGAGGCGCCAGCGUCUAUGAAAGCAUACGUGAACCGAGCAGACCUCGACUUUGACACAGCCGAAGCGACUCCUCCCGCGCAAGAAUGGGAGCUCGUGCACGGCGAUACCACAUCGACUGCAGCUGCCUUGAUCCCCGAAUAUCCGACUCGUAUGACGAAGUUCCAGAACGUUAGGCAUCUAACGUUGUACUUUCCUUCCAACUUUGGCGCGGAGGUGACGAGGAUCUUCUACAUUGGGCUAAAGGGCGAGUGGGAUGUGAUAAAGAAGGAUCCGGUCAUCACUGUUUAUGAGGUAAGAUAUGGCAGGUUUGAACAACUCCCACAUUUGAGUGACAUUGGUCUUGAUUCCGUCUCUCUCCAUCCACUUGCAAAGCUUGCGGCGAACCCAGCAGAUCACAAGACGAAAGCCGACAACUUUGCAGGGAGCAUGAUUCAGUAGGAAGAUUGGAUUGCUUCUCAUCUGCCAUGAUGAGGACUUUUCUGUCGAUGCGCCCAGGCCGGAAGGAGUCUUUGAUCAUGGACGAUCCGACUUACCUCUCCUUUGACGCGGGCAGUGGACUA